AUGUCUAGUAUAUGCAAUUAUUCAGCUAGAUUUGUUUCUUACAGGCCAAUCUCUGAUGUCUCUAGUGAUCUUACCAUUGAAAUUGGAGCUUCAAGCUUAUCACUUCACAAGUUUCCUCUAGUUUCUCGUAGUGGAAGAAUUCAGAAACUAUUGUUAGAAUCAAGAGAUUCAAAAGUUUCGCGCAUAAGUUUCCCGAGUGUACCGGGCGGUGCAGAAGCAUUUGAGCUAGCUGCAAAAUUCUGUUAUGGAAUUAACAUUGAAUUUACUCUCUCCAAUGUUUCUAUGCUAAGAUGCAUAGCUCAUUUUCUAGAAAUGACAGAAGAGUUCGCCGAGAAAAACUUGUUGACGCGAGCCGAAUCAUAUCUUAAAGAGACAGUACUCUCAAACACAGCAAACACAAUAUCUGCUCUUCACCGUUGCGAAACUCUCCUACCUAUUUCAGAAGAGAUUAAACUUGUUAACAGAUUAGUCAAUUCAAUUGCCAACAAUGUAUGCAAAGAGCAGCUUACUUCGGGUUUACAGAAACUCGACCAUAGUUUCUCUUCUCGAAUCCUUGAACCGGAAACGCCUUCAGAAUGGUGGGGAAAAUCGCUUAAUGUUCUUAAUCUCGAUUUCUUCAAACGCGUUUUAUCAACGUUGAAGUUGAAGGGACUAAAACAAGAGAUCAUCAGCAAAAUUCUGAUAAACUACGCACAUAAUCUUGUUUUGCAGACAAGUGGCAUACCUGCAUCAGAGCUUUCACAGUAUCUAUUUCUGCUAUACAACAAAGAUGCAACCCAACACCUUUUUGAAGUAUCAGCAGGACUUGAUUCUCUUGUAAUGGGAGAAGGUCAGAUCCUUGCACAAGUCAAGCAAGUUGUGAAAGCAGGACAAGGAGUUAAUGGAUUUGGAAGAAACAUCAGUGGAUUAUUCAAGCACGCAAUCACCGUCGGCAAAAGAGUCCGAACCGAAACCAACAUUUCGGCCGGAGCAGUUUCUGUGAGCUCGGCUGCGGUCGAGUUGGCAGUGAUGAAGUUACCUGAUCAAGCCUCACAUGGAAAUGCAAGAAUGCUAGUUAUUGGAGCUGGCAAAAUGGGGAAGCUUGUGAUCAAGCAUUUGGUUGCAAAAGGGUGUAAAAAGAUGGUAGUAGUUAAUCGAACCGAAGAGAGAGUAUCUGCAAUCCGCGAUGAAAUAAACGAUGUCGAGAUAAUCUACAAACCGCUUUCUGAUAUGCUCGAAUGCGUAGGCGAAGCGGAUGUAGUUUUCUCAAGCACGGCAUCAGAGAAUCCUUUGAUUUUAAAACAACAUGUUAAGGAACUUCCUUUCGCAAGCGAAGAAAUGGGACGAAAGCGCCUCUUCGUCGAUAUUUCUGUUCCGAGGAACGUAGGUUCGUGCGUCGAUGACCUCGAAUCAGUCAAAGUUUACAACGUCGACAACCUUAAAGAGGUAGUGGCUGCUAACAAAGAGGACAGACUAAGAAAAGCAAUGGAAGCACAAGUGAUCAUCGGCGAAGAAUCGGGCCAAUUCGAAGCAUGGAGAGACUCGUUAGAAACUGUUCCUACUAUCAAGAAACUGAGAGCUUAUGCUGAAAGGUUAAGGAUUAUAAUGCACACAUCUUGA